AUGGCCGAGACCGGCGCUGGUGACGAUGGUGAUAUGCAAAUAUGGGACGAUCUUUUGAAGAAACAGACAGAAAUAUACCGCAGGACCAGCGAGCAAAAUGCUCAGCUGAGGAACAAAGUAUCAGACCUCGAGCGGGAGUUGAAUGUGUGGAAAGCCGCGCUGAAGGCAGCGGAUGAACGGGAAGCAGGACUUCAGAAGAGCGUGAAACAGCUGGAAGGCAGCAUCGGCGCUUUGACGGAGGAUAACCCUAUCGUUGCCUGCUUUAUAGAUGGAGAUGGCAACCUUUUCAAGGAAGAUUUGUUAAGACAAGGUCACGUAGGUGGCCGUCAGGCAGCGCUCCUCCUAACCACGGGUCUGACGGAAUAUGCUGCGAACAUAGACCCAGGGCUUGCGCGUCGGGCACAAGUUUGGUUGACGGUGUACUUCAAUAAAUCUGGUUUGCUGGAUGUCAUGCAAAAUCAGAAGAUCUGCACGAUGGAACAGUUCGAGGCAUUUCUGCUUGGAUUCAACCAAGCCAGCCCCCUGUUCUCCAUUGUCGAUGUUGGCGGAGGAAAAGAGGCUGCAGACGUUAAAAAUCUCUGCGCGUAUUCUCUCGUUUUCCUCAAAUAUGGAAGAUAUUCUUUGGCGGUGCGGUAUACCGCUGUGGUACUCAUUCGGCGUACUCUCAUGGCAUUUUACGCAGGCUGUCAUGAUAACGGCUAUAACACCACCUUGACGCGCCUGGAAAAUGAAGGCUAUCUGCACAAGAUCGUGCUCCUUCCUGGAUAUAAUAUUCUGGCUUCCGAGUUGAAGCGACUUGCUUUACCAUCAUUAGAGAUCGAGGUCUUCAUGACGCGAAAGAUCGUUCCCAAGAAAAUCUCCCCUACAAUCCUACCACAAGACAUAGAUAAAGUCAAAUCCUCCUCAUCUGGACAGGCGAUCAAUCGGAGCCUUAGUCCGGUGAAAGCUAACAACCAGAAAGUCCUUGAUCCGUCUGCUGAUGUCAGCAAACUCAAACCUCCACCGUGCAAUUACUUCUAUCUUUCCGAAUGCAAGAGCGGACCAAAGUGCAAGUAUGCUCACGACUAUGUCAUGACGCCCAAACAAGUAUCCGAUAUCAGAAACAACGCCGCCAAAACACCGUGUCCUAAAGCAAACAGAAAUCAGAAGUGCACGGGGUUUUGUAUAUUUGGUCAUACGUGCCCUAAAGGGCCUCAGUGUUAUUUCUUUAAACAGGGUAAAUGCAAAUUCGCCGGAGCCAACAUGCACGAAUCACCGGACACGCCUGCCCCGAUGUCACGACCUACCUCGACAGGAUCAAGUGUUGCAUCAGUUAACUCCUUGGGCUACCUAUAUCCGACCGUCCCCACCCCGAGAUCGCCCAUGGUUUCGCAGACGCAGUUCUUGGCGUAUCAGAAUCAACUGGCGAUGAUGGCCAACUUCUCGGCCGAAUUCCCGGCUUCUGGGAGUGGAUAUGGGCAAGGGUGA